AAUUCGAAAUUGUACAAAAUAAAAAUGACACGUCGUCAGGUUGCCAAAUAUAGCAGGCUAACACUCGCCAUUUUUCUAGUCUUUUGCAUCUUUAUACUGGCGACUCGUGACGAGAAAUUUCCAACUGCGCUCGACGGCACCUCGUCUAUAGAGCGAACAACUUUGAGGCCUGCGAUUUUCAAAAAAGAUUUCUGUGUCUUUGAUCACAAAUGCAAAAUACCGCGGCUGAAUCCCUUUGCUGACGAGGUCAUUGGCAUUUUUAAGCCGCCCAAGUUCAAGGAGUGCACGGAUCAGCGGGACAUCAUUAACGUUGUCUAUGAUGUGACGAAGAGGCAAUACCUGUUGCACGUCAACGCGACUCUAGUCGGCAUUCUAUAUCGAAACAUUACUGCAUUUGCCUGCAUUUACUAUGAGAUAGUGCGCGGAGCGAAUGAUUCCAUAACCUGGAAAGUGGGACCCGUCCCGUUUGAACAGAACUGGUUCAUACCACACCACAUUAAUGGCAUCGUCGUGGAAUGCUAUGUGGCGGGUAACAGAUCCCGAGUCCUGCAACGCGAUGCCUUCUCGUUUGUCCAGUAUCCGAGUGGUCGCAAUGAGCAGGUCGAUGAGGCACGCAGUCGUAUCAAUCCUUCUGUGAUUAUGUUGGGCAUUGACUCCAUGUCGCAGAUGAACUUCCAGCGCACAAUGCCACUGACAGCGCGGUUUGUUCGCCAGCUGGGCUGGUACGAGAUGCUCGGCUAUAAUAAGAUCGGGGACAAUACGUUACCCAAUAUUAUGCCUCUGUUGACGGGUCUUACGUCGCACCAGUGGCGUUCCCAGUGCAAUGUUCGCUUGCCGGGCUGCUUCGAUCAAUUCACCUACCUCUGGAAUCACUUUCGAAAUGCUGGCUAUCUGACGGCCUAUGCCGAGGACACUCCCUCCAUAGACACAUUCCACUAUUUCACGUUCGGCUUCAUUCGCAAACCGGUCGAUUACUACCUACGUCCUUUUCUAUAUAUGAUCCAGCACAUAUUGAAAACGGUUAAGCUUUUUGGCUACGAUUACUGUCUGGGCCGCAGACAGAGUUAUCGCUACGUCUUCGACUAUUGCCUUCAGCUGGUGCAGCGUUUUGUUCAGGACACGCCGAAGCCGAUCUUCGGCAUAUUUUGGUCGAACAGCUUCAGCCAUGACGACUUCAGUGGGCCGGCAAGCGUGGAUAGGGACUUCGUGAGCUACCUGGAACGGUACAAGGAGCACGGCUUAUUCGACAGGGCAGUUGUUGUCUUGUUCAGUGAUCAUGGCCAACGCCAGGGACCGUUGAUGAACUUGGCUUCCAGCUUUCUGGAGGAGCGAUUGCCCAUGCUGCACAUUUACUUACCGCCCUGGUAUCGGAAGCAGUAUCCAGAGUUUGCGCAAGCGCUUGACGUGAAUCGUUAUCGACUGAGCUCCACUUUGGACUUACAUUUGACUUUGAAACACCUGCUCGUGCAGGGGCAGGCUGGCUUGAAACUGAAUUCAUCUGUCUCGAAGUGCCAAUCGUUACUUGAGCCGUUGCCCGAGAAUCGCAGUUGCGAGGAUGCGGCCAUACCCGAGCACUGGUGCACCUGUGACUCGUAUGUGCAGGUGCCCAUCAGCAAUUUAUUGCUUUACUGGGCACGAACAGUGGUCUAUCGCAUUAACAAAUAUCUGGCCAGCCACGAUUAUGCUGCGAAAUGUGCUCACUUAAAGCUUGCCAAAUUGCUGAGAGCCGAGCGCAAACAGUUCUUUGAUGACGACGGCGCUGCUGCGGUGCCGCCUCAGAGAAUUGAGACUUAUCGCAUUAAGUUCGUCACUCGACCGAACGGCGGCCUGUUCCGUGCAACAUUUUUGGCCGAUGCGGAAAGAAAUGUUAAGGUACAGGAAGAAUUCAUAACGCGCUUGAACUCGUAUCGCAAUCAAUCGUUUUGCGUCUCUGGACACGUGGCCCAGAAGUUUUGCGCUUGCCUCGAGGCGAACCAAUCGUUUACGGUGAUUAACAUAGAUGUUAACGACCAAGGAACUCCCUGUUAAAUAAAAUCGGAAUAUUAAAUAUUUAAUAAAUACAAUUGUUUUUCAAUGUAUCAACCAGGAGAGUUCUGUUGACAUUCAGCCAAGAAAUAUGAAGUUUUGUGGGGACUGAGCCGUUGCGACUACUGGCAACUGGAGCGAAUGGAAGUGCCUGAUUGGUUUGUAAAGGUGAAGUCAGUAUUAAUGACAGUCAAAUGUUGUAGAAAGACAACCCCAUGGAUAGUUUUACAAUUGAUUAAUGCUGGAGGAUAAAGAACAAAGCAAGCGAAGGAGUUGUGUAAAGUAAAAAGAAGAAGCUGCUUCUGGGCCGAUUCAAUUUGAACCUGGAGAUUGAAAACAGGAAAUGAAUAAGCACAAUAAGAAUAAAGAAUAAGAAAUAGAAUAAUAAGAUUGUCUGAUUGGCGUAAAAAUAUGGAGUCAGUAUUACUCUCUCACUCAAAUGAUGUAGAACGACAAUCCCAAGGAUUUUUCAGCAACUGAUUAACAAUGGAAGAUCAAGGAGAAGAAUUCUACUAGAGUAAAAAGGUAAUAGAAGCGUUCAAAAUUAAGAAGCUGCUGCUGGAGUGACUUGUUGCAAUCUAUGUUAUGUAGAUCACAUAAAUAACACCCACAAAUAGAGCCCCACAAGUAGAGGCAAUAUCUCAAAACAGAUCUGUUUGCUUUCUUCAAGACUCCA